AUGCAAGCAGGAUUCAGUUAUUUUGACAAAAAAGCUCCGACAGCCGCCAUACGCAGUCUUUUUGACAAAUACGAUGCGAACAGCAAUGGGAAGCUUGAAGAACAGGAAAUGCAGUUCCUACUGGAGGGAGACUUAGGCUUCAAUCAGGAACAAUCCGGGGCCUAUUUUCUACUGUUGGACAAAAAUGAGGAUCAUAAUAUCUCCUUUGAAGAAUUCCAAGACUGGCUUCGCAGCGGGGAACGCUUCGAAAUUUUGAACGACAAAGCCAAGUAUCACUCCCUCUCGGAAGCACUUAAUUACUUCAAGAGUUUUGACUCUGACAACAGCGACACCCUUGACCGAGCCCAGUUCGAAAAGAUGAUGAAGUUCUUUGGCUAUGAGACUAUAGACAUGGAGAAGGCGUUUGCGGAGAUGGACAAAGACGAGAACGGAGCAGUGUCUUUUUGGGAGUUCAUGGUAUGGUUAAAAUGGGUACCAGUUCUCAAUUGACUAGCUGCGAUGAGACUGGCAGAACUAAACAUAUUGCAUACAGCUAAUUUCUAUGUACUCCUUACUGUUUAAAUAUGAGAAUUUUAAGUUAUUAUCGAUUUAUUUACAUUGUAAUAAACAAAAGCGAGACGGCAAUUUAUAAAUUGCUUGUUCAAUCACAGCAUUGCUUAUAAGACGCGCCUUACCCUGCGUGGCAGGCGUUUGAAAGGCAAGGGAAUGGGGGUUUUGGGCGCGAGAGAAAAGCGAGGGGUGCGCGCCCUCGCGUUUCUCUCACGCCUGAAACUCCCUCUCCCUUCCCUUUCAAACGCCCGCCAAGCAGGCUAGACGCACCUAUGCUAAGUCUGUUAAAUUUAGAAUUUUUCGUGCAGUUAUAAUUAGUUGAUGCAUGCGGCUACGUUAAGUUAUUCCGUCUUUUUUUUGUCUCUUAGGUACUGAAUAAAUCAUAUUAAACUAGAACGUUUUCUCGACUUUCUCACAUCCAUAAAAUGCAUCUGUUAGCCUUUCCGGCCUUUUCCCAGGAAAUGCAAACGUGACAUAAGAAAUUGACGAUUUUGGGUAUAAAAGGAAUGGGAGUCCCCCUUCUUUGUUUAUCUCCCAAAACAAAGUCAAAGAUCACACGUUAAAGAGAUUGAUAUGGCGGAUAGGUUUUGUGAGUUGUUUCAACAGAAGCGUUCCAUUCGUCGCUAUUCAUUCAUGCAUUUAUAUAUUCAUUCAAUCUCACUGCUGAGCUUGGGCUGCCUGUGGUUUAAAGUGUAAUGUAAUGUUGUGGAUUAGAGGACAACAAGAUACGCCCUCUUUAUAUUAUAAAAAAGCAGAGAUGGUUGUUAGGAUUGAUGCUUUUCACCUGUUUUGGCGAUUAUUAACUAAUCGUUUACAUCUUCAUCAGCCAGUUGAUCCAUGUUUUACAAAUCCUCCUUUCACAAAUCCAGUCAGGCCCCAGUCAUGUUUAACAAGUCCUCUCAUAGGCUAUAGAAAAAACAGAUUUCUACUCAAUGAAGUUUAAUUUCUAUCAAAUAUAAUCAAAUUACUCGCAAUAAAGUACGUAUCCUUUUUCUGCGUUGGUCUCAAAGCCUGUUCUUCGAAAACGAAGCCCUUAGUCUUAUUUCCAAAAAUAAGCCCCUCUACUCAUAAGUCCUUCAAAUAUAAGAUCCCAAAUUCAAAACACACAAAAAAAUCCUCAAAUGCUACAAUAACCCCAAACUUAUAUAAGACCGAGUGUAGACUGUUCACAGUCCCCUAUUUUUUCGUGAGAUCGUUGAGAUAUAUCGCGUCUUACGUUAAUGGCAAGCUAUGGCAGCNGAAGUUUAAUUUCUAUCAAAUAUAAUCAAAUUACUCGCAAUAAAGUACGUAUCCUUUUUCUGCGUUGGUCUCAAAGCCUGUUCUUCGAAAACGAAGCCCUUAGUCUUAUUUCCAAAAAUAAGCCCCUCUACUCAUAAGUCCUUCAAAUAUAAGAUCCCAAAUUCAAAACACACAAAAAAAUCCUCAAAUGCUACAAUAACCCCAAACUUAUAUAAGACCGAGUGUAGACUGUUCACAGUCCCCUAUUUUUUCGUGAGAUCGUUGAGAUAUAUCGCGUCUUACGUUAAUGGCAAGCUAUGGCAGCCAUCUUGAGUUUUGAAACUCACGCAAGAUGGCAGUCCGUAACGCAAAGCGCUCGAUCUCGACGAUCUUACGGAAAAAUAGAGGACUGUGAACAGUCUAACCCCGGUGUUUCCUACUAUUCUACUAGUGCCGAAGUAUACAAAAUAAACAAACCAUACGUCAUAUCAGAACUGUAAUGGAUAACCUCUGACAGAAUUUUUAUCGAAAAAUUUUUGCUGAAAGUUUUUAGAGUUCUCUAGUCGAUUCAGUCAACACUAGUGUCAAAAUCUAAGCGGCAUUUGUCAUCCAUGAAAUUAAUGAAGGGGUAAAUAACAAUGUUAUUUUUACUUUUUAUACUAAGGGUCAAUCAAAUAGUGUAAUGGAGGUGUAUUUCUGUUUAGGUGGGCUUAUGGUCCGUACUUUUACGAAUCCAAUCCAGACCAUGUUUUUAACAUGCCCCGCAUAUUCACCUGACGUCGAAGGAUAACCUGAAGAAGACCAUACUGCUAAGCAGUUGAAACAUCACCAUGAACUACAUCUCAAACGAUUAGUCUAUACACAGUGACACAAACGAUAAUUUCGUUACUUUUGUAUCUGCCACGAUAAAUAACUCUAGUCUCAAUGACACGCCUAAUUUUUUGAGGCAUAAAAUUCAUUCACCCCUCCAUGUUUGCUACACUGCUUAUGGCCUGUUGGUAUUUUGCAUUUAAGGCAUUAGUAAGGUUUCUUUGUCCGGCUGGACGUUCUUCAUGAUACCCUCUAGAGAGUGUUUUAUAGAGCUCAAUUUUUUUGAGACUUCUCUAAGACUGCGGCAUCUCGCAGAGUCGCAUGUUUUACAGUAAUCGCUUCCUUCAUCCAUGCUCAAUACAAGAAGACAGCUUACUAAGGGAUCGGAAUUAUUCAAAUCACGGAUCCAUAAACCAGCAUGAAUAACCAGUUGCCUAGCGAUCAUCUCUAACUCCUUCAAAGCAGUGUUGCUGCGUUCAUUUAUGGCUAAAAUGUUUCCUUUAUUUCUUUGAAACUGAUGCUUAAAUUCUUGCAGUUAUUUGCCUUGCCGUAACAUAAUCCCUUCCAUGACAUCCAUCAGAUCAUCUUCCUCGAUUUGGUCGUACAUUUUGUCAUUUUUUAACUCUUCCAGGCUAAGAUUAUAAGCUCGCUCGAUAGUCGCCCUUUUCAAUCUCACUAAUUCAUACUUCCGUGCAAAAAUCAAUUCUGCAAUGAUACAAUCUUUCGCUUUAGUUUUUACAUUCUCAACCAUAAAAUCUUCGCAUCUCCGAACAAUGGCCUCUAUUUGAUAUUCGUGGGCAAGGUUCACCAGAAAGAAACAGUUCUGAUCUCCUCUGUUAUUUGUUUCUCUGCCACGGAGGGAUAUAACAUCAGAAGCAAUCCUUCAACCUCGCCUGCCUUUUUAUCGGGAAGGGUCACUUCUUCCUUGUCUUUUUCUUGAAAUUCUGAUCAAAACAUCUUCUCAAAGACAGGAGAUGACAAAGCAAGCACGGCGCGGUGAACAUGGAAUUUCUCUUCUUCCACAACUAGAAUGA